AUGAAAGCAAUAUAUGCAGUGUUUUUCUACAUAUCGUUAGCAAUUGCAUUAUGUUCACCCAAUGUUUCCACGUUCUGUGGAAACGAUGAACAGAUAGAAGAUUUGAAAAUCGCUCUUAUAAUUCACGAAUCCAGUUUCACGGCAAUGACAACAUUGAGUGCAAUACCUUUAACCGGUGCGGCGUUAACGUCUCCAAGUGAUGUCAGCUGGUAA